AUGGCAGAUGGGGCGCAGGCCAACCCCAAAGGGUUCAGGAAGAAGGUGCUGGUUAGACACCCUUUGGAGUGGAGGUGCCCAAGACUCGGAACACCUUCUUCGAGAACGUCCAGAUCUAUUCUGGGAAUGAAGAAAUUCUUCACCAUCGCCCUGGUGGCCGGCAGUGUCCUGUCCAUGGCGCACAGCAGCCUGCUCAACCUGAAGACCAUGGUGGAAACCAUCACCGGGAGAAAUGCCAUCUUGUCCUACGUGGGCUACGGCUGCUACUGCGGGCUGGGCGGGCACGGGCUGCCCAUGGAUGAGGUGGACUGGUGCUGCCAUGCCCAUGACUGCUGCUACCAGAAGCUCUUUGACCUGGGAUGCCACCCCUACAUGGACCACUAUGAGUACACCAUCGAGAACAAUACAAUCACGUGCAACAAGGUCAACACGACGGAGUGUGACCAGCAGACAUGCGAGUGUGAUAAGAGCGUGGUGCUGUGCCUCCAGAACCAGCCGUACAACGAGGAGUACCGCAACUAUCUCAACAUCUACUGCCGGGGCCCCACGCCCAACUGCAGCAUCUACGAGCCACCCCCCGAGUUUAUGGCCUGCCCGCCCUUCUGGCCGGGGUCUCCUGCAUCUCCCUAG